UUGUGUCAUUAUACGUUACUCUACUUGUAUUGAGCUGCAAAAUAAACCAAUCAGGCUUUUUAUAGGGGCUGUUUCACCCAUAGUUGAACGGUUCCCUCUGUGUUCAACACUUAUCAGGGCAGACAUUAACACAAGGCUUCAUUAGGAACAACACUAAACACAGUGUGGAGGGGCGGUCGGGUAGCCUAGUGGUUAAAGCGUUCGCUCGUCACGCGAAGACCCGGGCUCGAUUCCCGACAUGGGUACAAUGUGUGCAGCCCAUUUCUGGUGUCCCCUGCAGUGAUAUUGCUGGAAUAUUGCUAAAAGAAGCGUAAAACCAUGCUCACUCACUUACUCACUUACUCACUCACAGCGUUUAGGUUGUGUAUGUACUGGACAUCGAAGUUAGGGGAUCUUGGCCCUUUUGUAUGUCAAAUAUGGUAUGCCUUUUGAAUUAGCUAACCAGGUCCUAGAAUGUUUUGCUUUUACAAGCCAGCCCCUUUAACAGUUUUUCUAUGGCUAACCAGUCCCUUGAAAUGUUUGUUAUGACUAGCCAGGACCUUGGUUUUCUAUGGCCAGACAGUGCCUUGAAAGGUUUGCAAAUAGUGGCCAGGACCUUGAAAGGCUAAUACCAUGAUUCAAGUCAAGCCCAAUAAAAGGUUUGCUAAUACUUGCCAGGACGCUGAAAGGCUUGCUAAUACUUGCCAGGACGCUGAAAGGUUUGCUAAAACUUGCCAGGACGCUGAAAGGCUUACUAAUACUUGCCAGGAUGCUGAAAGGUUUGCUAAUACUUGCCAGGACGCUGAAAGGCUUGCUAAUACUUGCCAGGAUGCUGAAAGGCUUGCUAAUACUUGCCAGGUCGUUGCAAGGCUUGCUAAUACUUGCCAGAAUGCUGAAAGGCUUGCUAAUACUUGCCAGGUCUUUGCAAAGCUUGCUAAUACUUGCCAGAAUGCUGAAAGGCUUGCUAAUACUUGUCAGGUCGUUGCAAGGCUUGCUAAUACUUGCCAGGUCGUUGCAAGGCUUGCUAAUACUUGCCAGAAUGCUGAAAGGUUUGCUAAUACUUGCCAGGUCGCUGAAAGGCUUGCUAAUACUUGCCAGGAUGCUGAAAGGCUUGCUAAUACUUGCCAGGUCGUUGCAAGGCUUGCUAAUACUUGCCAGGUCGUUGCAAGGCUUGCUAAUACUUGCCAGAAUGCUGAAAGGUUUGCUAAUACUUGCCAGGUCGCUGAAAGGCUUGCUAAUACUUGCCAGGAUGCUGAAAGGCUUGCUAAUACUUGCCAGGUCGUUGCAAGGCUUGCUAAUACUUGCCAGGUCGUUGCAAGGCUUGCUAAUACUUGCCAGAAUGCUGAAAGGCUUGCUAAUACUUGCCAGGUCUUUGCAAAGCUUGCUAAUACUUGCCAGAAUGCUGAAAGGCUUGCUAAUACUUGUCAGGUCGUUGCAAGGCUUGCUAAUACUUGCCAGGUCGUUGCAAAGCUUGCUAAUACUUGCCAGAAUGCUGAAAGGCUUGCUAAUACUUGCCAGGUCGUUGCAAAGCUUGCUAAUACUUGCCAGGUCGUUGCAAAGCUUGCUAAUACUUGCCAGGUCGUUGCAAGGCUUGCUUAUACUUGCCAGGAUGCUGAAAGGCAUGCUAAUUCUUGCCAGGCCGUUGCAAGGCUUGCUUAUACUUGCCAGGAUGCUGAAAGGCUUGCUUUUAAUGGCCAUGCCUGGUUACUAGUUUGCUGAGUCAAGCCCAGUCAAGCUGUAACUAGCCAGACCUGGUGAAAAGUUUUCUUGUACUAGCCAAGCCCUUGAUGGUCAGCUGUCGCUUGCCAGGCCCAUUUGUGAUAAAUUAAAAUAAAUUCCAGCAACAAUUAAUCACUUGAGAAUAGGAAAUAAUGCUGAAAUUAAUUCCUUUGAGACAAGGUAAUCUGUAAUUCCUCAAUGUUCGGAGUUUAUUCUCCAAUGUUUCAGGCAGCAAUGACACAACUUUAUUUUGCCACUAUGGCGACACACACUUAUUCCAAAAGAGACGCAUCAACUUGGGUCAUUGACCAUAACCGCAACUGUUUAUUACAGAAAUAUGACAGUCUUUGCAGUAAAUUUGAUUUAUAAAAAUGGACUGUUCCUUUGCCCAUCCCAAAUUUUUCUGUCACUUUUAAUUUAUUGAUAUAAUUUGUUAUAUUUCUCUACAGCAUUUUUAUCAUUGUUUAUUUCUUUAUUCUUUUACUUUUC